AAUGUCGUAUUCCGUAGUAGAAUACUAUGGCGAAAAUUCAAAGUAUCAGUGUGGAUAUUGUAAGCAGUCGAGUUCGUGCUCAUCUUACGGGAUGUGGGCUCAUAAGCUUAGUUGUCAAGACUACCAGGAGCUGAUUGACCGGGGUUGGCGCCGGUCUGGAUGUUACUGUUACAAACCCAUGAUGGACGUAACAUGCUGUCCCUCGUACACAAUAAAAUGUGAUGCGAUUAAUUUUCGGUUGAACAAGUCUCAUAAGAAAAUCAUAAAACGAAUGAACAAGUUUUUGCGAGACGGAAUAAAGGAAACGUCCGAGCAGGAAGCCCAAUCGAACAUCAACGAUAUAGGUACCCAUCUUGGGAGUGCAUGUGAUCAAGAGCAUACAGAAGUACCUAGCAUGCAACCGCACGUACUUGAUCCGGAUGUGUUGAACACGCUUACACAUGUUAACAGCGAAAAGCGAUCAUCCUCUGCUGACGACAAAACGAGCGCAUUACCUAUCCCUACCUUAAGUGGGGUGGUAAAUUCAUCAACGCAUACGAGCGAUUCAAGCAUAAGUAAUCAGCCAAAGAAAGCAAAACUAAGGCGCAUUGAACGCAAGCGUGAAAAAUUGCAGAAAAAAGGACUAUCUGGCGCAGACAUUGAACAGCUGAUGCAAUCCAAUAACCAAAAAAGUGCGGAAAAAUCUUUAGAAGAGUUUCUUUCGGAAUCCCCACAGGAUAAUGACAGUCCAGCGCAUCGCUUAAAGGUAAAACAAGUAAAUGCAAAUGAUGGUGCUACCGCCGCAACAUUCAAACUUUACAGUUUAUACCAACAAAGCAUCCACAAUGAUCCAGCAUCCAAAUUGAGCAUGGAUCGCUUUAAGCGGUUUCUUGUAAAGUCUCCCCUGAAGAUCGUGACGCUUCUUACUUCGGGAGUAAAAUUCCAAGAGAGCUUGCAUGUUUCUUUUAAUCUGUAUAAAAAGUAUCAGACGGCCAUUCACAAUGACCCACCCGGUGCGAUUGAAGACUAUCUGGACUUUUUGGUGAAAUCGCCAUUAAAGCCUUACCAAGGAUUCGGGACUUUUCAUCAACAGUAUUGGCUGGACGAUCGUUUGAUAGCUGUUGGAGUGAUUGAUGUGCUACCCAAUUGCGUCAGCUCGGUAUAUUUCUUCUACGAUCCUGAAUAUAAAUUUCUAUCGCUUGGUACUUAUGGAUCAUUGCGUGAACUAGCGUAUACACGCUCGCUCUAUAAAGAAUAUCCUAGCAUUUCAAACUAUUACAUGGGGUUCUAUAUUCACUCUUGUCCUAAGAUGCGUUACAAAAGCAAUCUUCAGUUUUCGUAUUUACUUUGUCCGGAAGCAUACACUUGGCAUUUGCUUGAUAGAACAGUUGUAGCGAAGCUAGAUGAAAACAAGUAUAGCCGGCUUAACGAUGAUCCUACAGCGCAAGAUACAAACAAAGCUACCGAACAGGACGUGAACGAUGUGCUCCUAAUUUUUGGUAGAUCCUGCAUGACUUAUACUCAGUAUCUGACGGUCGUGGGCAAGGAAUUGCCUAUAUUGUUCGAAUAUGCUCGCCUGGUGGGAAAAAGUUGCGCAAAGAAAAUGAUGCUUUAUAGGGUAUAGAAAUGUGCAUGACACCGAAGAAUGAUGAAAACUGCAUUGCUUGCAUAAGCUGUUCCUUAAAGUGUGUUGAAUUUCAAAUAAAACCUAAAUGGAAUGUUUA